AGCAUUCGCUAGAGGGUUUCCGAGGGAAGGAAUCCCCCAGCUUAGACAAGGUACAUUGGAAGUGUUGAAAGUCUUGGCGAGAUAAAUAUAGAUUUCAAAUUGUGAGUUGCCAGUGAAUGAUGGCUUUCACUCAGCCAUCAAAGAGAGGCCAAUGGGUGGAGGAGAAGGUUCUGGGUUCCGGAGGCUUUGGUCAAGUUGUUCUGUGGAAGAAUGAGGAAACUGGAAAUUUUGUUGCUUUAAAAAAGUGUCGGGUUCAAAGUGAAAUGACCCAGAAACAUAGGGAACGCUGGACACUAGAAGUGGACAUCAUGCAGCGUCUAAAUCAUCGCAAUGUCGUAGCAGCUAAAGAUGUGCCUCCUGUACUGAAUGUCGGUGUUGGAGAACUACCAUUACUGGCCAUGGAGUACUGCUCAGGAGGAGAUCUACGCAGGGUGUUAAAUAAGCCAGAAAACUGUGUGGGAUUGAGAGAGUUUGAUAUCAGAUGUCUGGUGAAAGAUGUAGCCUCAGCAGUAGAAUACUUACACAGCAAAAGAAUCAUCCACAGAGACUUAAAACCAGAAAAUAUUGUUCUCCAGAUGCAAGAGGAACAGAUUGUAUACAAACUGAUAGACUUGGGCUAUGCCAAGGAGCUGGAUCAGGGUAGUGUUUGCACUUCAUUUGUAGGAACUCUUCAGUACUUAGCCCCUGAACUGUUUGCCAGCCAGAAAUACACAUGCACUGUGGACUAUUGGUCCUUUGGGACUGUGGUAUUUGAGUGUAUCACAGGAUUUCGUCCCUUCAUCCCACAAGUUCCACCAGUCACAUGGCAUAGAGAGGUGUGCAAAAAAUCAUUAGAUGACAUCACAGCAUUCUACAACGCGGAGGGAGUGGUGAAGUUUUCCAAGAAAUUGAUUACACCAACACACUUAUGCAGGAGUAUGCAGGCUUAUUUUGAACAGUGGCUAAGAUAUAUGCUGAAAUGGGAUCCCAAGGCCAGAGGAGGGGGUCUCAGUGAAGGAAGACCACAGUGCUUCAAAAUCCUGGACACCAUGCUUAGCAUCAAGAUUGUUCACAUUUUGUAUGUGGCCAACAAUCAACUUUUAUCAUACCCAUUACUGGACAACUAUUCCUUGCAAGCACUGCAACAAAACAUUGAAAAAGAGACGGGGAUCAAAUUCCGUGACCAAGACAUUCUAUUGGCUAGUGGGGCAUCACCUGACCCUAACCUUGGUGCACAGCAGUGCUGGAAUCCACCUGGGGAAGAAGACUGGGUUGUGUUUCUCUUCGUCAAGGGAGAAAACCAAGGAGGUGGCAGUCAGAGAAAUAAACCGCUGCCACCUAAUGUUCAAAACAUUGUUAAAGACUCCAAAACAGUCCUGCCAUAUAAUGAGCAAAAAAGAGCCUGGGCAGAGGCCGUAUAUUUCUGUUCUCAACAGGUCGUGGAUUUCAGAAGACUGAUUCAGAGUCAAAGAGCAGCAAUGUUAAGUUUACUGAGAACGAACUCCAGUUUUCUGAAGAUGAAGAACAGCAUGGUCAGCAUUUGUGACCACCUGCUGUCAAAGAUGGUGUAUUUUAAAGAAUGCUUACAACAUGAUCUUGAGAUGUAUGAAAUCCAGAAAUCAAAUGGAGUACACAAUGCAGAGAAAGUUGUGGCCAAGUGGAUGAGAGUAGGGGAGGAGAUAGAAGUUCAUCGAAACCUGAAAGAAAAAGUGGCCAAGUUAGACCAACAUUCCAUAGCAUUACAGACCAAAAUCAUCGAAUUACAGAAGAGUCCAUUUGCUCGUGCCAAACAGAAUGAAGUUCUAGAAGAACUAGAGAAAAAGGCUGUAGCAUUAUACCAUGAUUUGAGACAGGCAGGUAAAGGUGGAAGAGAGAUAUACAAAGACCAUACCCCCAUGGUUCAGAUUGUAGUCAAGUGCCUUAUCACCAGGGAUAAAAGUUUACAGGAUCUAUACACACAUUUAGGGAAAAUUUGUGCCUGUAAACAUGAGUUGUUCCAGUUAUUACCCAGCAUUCAGCAGUGCAGUAAACAGAUAACAGAUGCAACAGGCAAACUCUUACAGUCCCAUAAAGAGAGACAGUCUGAUAUCUGGAAUUUGGUCCAAAUGGCGGCACAAAAUGGCAUAUCACGACAGGAUUCAAAAGGAAGUAACUCUGCUAGCUCCUGGGGUGUAUCAUCAUUGGAGUCCAUGAAAGUUUGUGAUGACAACCGAGAGACAGUCAAAAAAGUUGAUGGCAUGAUCAGGAGUCUUAUGGAGGAACAAGAUGAAAACAUGUCCAUGAUGGAUUGGAGUUUUCUACCUCCUUUAAAAAACAACUCUUCCUGAUUCUUACACACAUUGCUCAACUACAAAUGAUUUCAACAUUCCAGAAGUAUCAAAUCUACGGGGAAAGUGCAAUAAAUUUGUGAAUAUAUUGUUAUGAUGUUUGAAUUGUUACCCUUUGAUCUGAUGUUUAGAUCUGUUACAGGACUCAUGAAAAACAUUUUCAUAACACAGAUUUCUUUUGGAAUACUGUAUACAUUGGUAUACAGGGUAAAUUUCACCCCCUUUUUAUUUUUGGCCUUAUCCUAAAUGGAUGAUAUGAAAACUUAGCAAAUGUAAAUUUUUUAAUUAUUUUAAAGUAGCAAGAAAUAACUUUUGGUCAAAUUUAGAUCUGAGUGAAAUCCUUUUCCAAUGUGUAUGGUGAAAAUAGCACAGGGUGAAAAUUUCCAGAACCAUCAAGAUAUACAAUGCAGAUGUUUAUGGAAUGGUGAACUUUUCGGUGAUGGACUUAAUUGUCAAAGGAAGUAGAAAUUUUACAUUCAUCCCAUUAUAAGUUUAUAUCACAAGUGUUGUCAAGCAGUGUGUGUGAUCAUCAGACACCCCAGUGUAUGUUUCUCUGGUGAUUCUAAAUCAGUCAGGUGUGUACCUCCAUUUCAUGUGCCUCGUUACACUGUUCUCUGUAACAUGCAUUAUAAUGUUACCCUAACACUGACCUUGCUGAGGUAUCCGGUAAUAGUCGCAAGAAGAAGAGUACUGGUAAUGUGUUUUGUGUACAGUGUGUUAUGUAUUGGAAUGCUCCCCGGUUGAAAAUAAUUGUACAUGCUCUCUUAUCGUAUGCAACUGAUCAAGUGGCAGGAGCAUAUCAUGACAUGUUUUAAAGAUAUGUGUAGGUAAAUUCAUUUUGACUGGUAUAUUGAAAAAGAUUACUGUGAUAUUUUAUUAUGAAAUCUUGUUUUAUGGUGCUUUUAUGUGCAUGUUUAAAUUUCAGAACAGGUGUUUUAUAGUAUUGUGAAUAUAUGACAUAGGAGUAUAUGAUGAUAAAUAGAAAUAAAAUAUAUGAAGCCAA